CGUUUAGUGUUGCGCGUCGGGUCGAGAGUUCAGAAGACUUUUCUGUUGCUUACUUCAUCCCAAGCAUACCGAUUUCUCGCAAACAGUGACUACGCGAGUGGCUUACACAAACAAAGGUUUACGAUGAGACCUGCAUUACUGCUCCUGGUAUUUAUCGGCAUCUUCGCGUGUUUUUCGGCGGAAGAAGAUCCCAGUAUUUUCAUCCAGGUGACAUGGGAAAUGUUAUGGACACGACUAUGUGAUCUUCUCCCAAUUUUUGUAAAAAAACUUUCUGGUGAACUUUACGAAUUUAAAGGACUCAAGCUGCGAAAAGUUAGUGAAAAAAGUAUUCGUUUCAUGAACGAGGAAACCUACUGCAGUGCUAGCAGAAGCACUGAAAAGGCUAUACUGUACUUUUUCAUCUCGAAGAGUGAAAAAGAUCUUAGUUAUUCAGACGUGGAUAGGAAUCGUACGAUUCUUGCUUACAAGACACUUUAUGACUAUUGGAAGAACGACAAAAUGCAUUUGCUGGACCCUGUCUUUCUUGGAGAGGUUAGCAAAGUUGAACUUAUGGGAAAAGACAAGCCUGACAUCCCGGAGCAGAUGUCCGAGAACAGAAAAAUAGGGAUUGCUAUUGUUAUUGCUCUGAUAAUCGUAUUCAGCAUCGCUCUACUUUCCUGCUUUGUGUCAUUUAAACGAAAAGGGAGACGAAAAACAUGGACACCUGACCAUGGCGUCCCAAUUGAAGAGUUGCACGAGCCUAAGAUAUUUAUGAGGGAACAAGACGACGGCCAGUCACCGGUCCAUUACUCGCCCAGGGAACAUUACGAACAAGAAGACGGUCAGCCAAGGGUCUAUCAAUCACCCAGGGAAUACUACGAGCAUGACGAUUAUCCGUCACCGCAAGAAAAAGUCGGUUAUGACGGGUAUCCUGUGCAGCACCACAGGCACUACGACAAUGACUCAUUCGAAUCGCCUAUGCUGUGAGAGAAGGGAAUGGAUCCUGUUUUCCAUGAGAAAACUGUUACUCAACGACUGCUAGCUAUAGCCUAAUACUUGCCAGGUCUCGUGAUCAAGCGAUAUUUUGUUGUAAGCACUAAUACGUGUUACUUAGGAUGUGAUGGAACCAGAAAUUACUGACAUAACUGAUGUACAAUGUAAUCAGAUUAGUGGAGGAUAUCUCUGAGUUUU